AAAUGUGCAUCCUUAGACAAAUUGACAGCUGCUUCUAGGUUAUGUUUGAAUACAUAAAUGUUUUGUGAAAAUAGAAAUAAUGUCCUUUUUAUCUUACGCUUCUAUAAUUCUGAGAAAAAAUGUGAUAACUAUAUAUCCUUUUUGCCGUAGUAUCUUUACUAAUAAAGUGAGAAAUGUAGUUUCAAAUUCAGUAACAACUAAAACUAUUCACGAUGUGAACACGAAUGUUGUAAAGGAUGUCAUUCUAUUUAAGUAUGAAAAUCCAAAGUUUUACAUGUAUAUGAAUGUUUUUGCUUUAGUGCAAUAUAUGUUUUGGACAUAUUUAGGAUUGUUCGCAUUUUCAACAUUACGUGACGCUCCUGUUGACAAAUCCAAAAUUACAGAUGAUACCCCUUGGUUUAGAAGAAUAAAUCUCGGCGAAAAUAAGUAUAGAAAUGCAUUAGGAUCGAUUGCAGUUCUCAUUGGUACAGGAUCACUAAUAAUGAUUUGGAUGUACACAUUAAAGUCAGUGCGCUUCUUGAUUCUUCACAAAGGUGGCAAACAUUUAUCAUUUGUCACAUACACUCCUUUCGGCAAGAACCGCAUCAUGAAAGUGCCUGUUGAAAAUAUUUGUUGUAAAGAAAACAGGGCUAAUGCAAGGGUACAGUUGCCACUCAAGGUGAAGAAUACAUGGAUGCAUUAUAUGCUAGAUAUGAGGGGAGAGUUUAAGAAUCCAUUGCUUUUUGACUGCACUGCUGGGUUGGCUAGGAAAUGGUAAAAGUAUUCAUCGUAAACCUGGAUUAUGUUAUUCAAAAGCGCUACAUUAUCAUGUACAUUACUAGCACAUCUAUGAAUCAAUGAACAUAAUAAUAUGACAGUUCAACAAUGUUCAAGCAUUUUUUGUUAUAUAGUUGAAAAAAUAAGAAAUAUACUAAUAUUUCUUAAAUAUAUAAAUAAACUUGUAAAUAAUGUUUAUUAUUUUUGUUUUAAUCUGGUUCUUAUUUAUUCUAAUAAUUCUCUAAAACAUACUAAUAAAGUAUUGUGGAAGAUUCUUUCAGAUAAUCAGUUAUAUUUGAAAGGGUAAAAUGAAAUACAAUUAUGAUUUAUCAGAAAAAAAACUUAUUUUUAAUUAGUGUAACAGAAAUUAUGUUGGACACUCAACACAAAAUAAACAUGAAAUACAAAUGAUAACAAAAAAUAAACCUUCUCUAUUUACAAUAUAUUGAUUUAAUAUUAAUGUCAAAUGCCAAGUGACAUACAGAAUGUCUUAUAUUUAAUACACAGUCUGUAAAUAAUAUGUAGUUAAGUACCAAACAAUAUAGUAAAUUUAAGUAUCCACAAACAUCUACAUAUAUUUAAAAUAAUAAUGUCUAUAGCUAAUGUUUAUCAAGAAAUUUACUCAAGACAAUUCUGUAUUCCCUCCUGCAAGUAACAUCAAAGUCAGUUACACUGUUUAAUGACAAAAAUAUGAUUCAAAUUUGCACAAUCAACUUAUAUAGAGAAACAUUAAAUAGGUAGGUCUCUUAUUUAAUCUAAUCACCUACUAAAUUUUUAAGUCUACAAAUGCUUGAACUAGCUUGCUACGACAAGCUAAAGAGGGCCUUAGGUAUCAGUUCAGGAAAAACAAGUCCAGUCUUUGUGUCUUUGAUAUGUUCCUGUAAACAUCUGCAGUGAAUGUGGACUACAUGAACGGCCCUCAAUCAUUAAGUACAUUAUUAUAGAUCUUAUUUACAUUAUACAUUAAUAUUUAUAUGCUAUUAAUAAAUUACUAUUUAAGGCUUUGUGUAUAGACACUGAAGUGUGUGCUAUAUAUAACAUUGGUUUUACUAUUGUUCUUUAACGCAGGCCUUCACACUUCAAAUGACAACUUAUAUGCCUUUGAUCUGCAUUGCAGUUAUUUAUUUCUCACUUAAUGCCAAUCAGUAUUAUGAAUUACACAUAUUUUAAAUAAGUAAAGAAAAUCGCGCUUUGCGCAUUUUACUAUUUUACAAAAAUAUAAUAAUAUACAUAUUUAAUUUUUAAUUAAAAUUAUUAAAAACUGGAGACCAACUUACCUAGCAAAUUUUGUUAAGAUUGUAAGCGAAUCCCAUUUUUACAGCAUUAGUUUUAAGCAUUUAUCACUCUAAUUCAUGCUCUUUCGUUGUUAGCGUUUUUCGAAUUAAAGUUUUUUUUUUCGAAAGUAACAUAAAUAUUGGCACCCACACAUUAUCAUCCAUCAGUCUCAUACCAUAUAUCAGUACGAAAUGUUAAAAUUAUUUUAAAACAUUUAAUAUUUUUCGUUACCUAAUAUUUUUUUCUCUAAAAAUGUUAAUCAAAACUCACUAUAACUAGUGCUAGCCAAGAUUUUCCAAUGACAUUCACAUAAAUUAUAAAUAUCUAAUUUCACAUUUUCCACUUAUUAUGUUACGUCAAGUUUCAUUCUUUACAUACGCGUCAUUAAAUUUAUAAAUUCUUACUGUAUUUAAUUACUACCAAUUUUCUCUAAGAUUUUCAUUAUAGAGAUUUAAGUUUUAGUUUAUUAAGUUACUAAGUGUGUAUUUGGUAAUAUCUAGUCAAAAUAAACUUUUUGAAAUGGCUUUAACAUAAUACAUAACUACUAUUAUUCUGAUAUAAUUGUUUCGA